CCAGCUUGUCAUAAUUGGAGUGCGCACAAUUACAUUACGGGAAACAGGUGACGAUAGAAACCUCCGCGAGCUUUAUGGUGUUACUGAAUACAACGUAAACAUUCUUUCUUAUAAUGCGAGCUGAAGUCAACUAAACGAUUGCCAGCCCUGUGAGGACGCUACUGUUUUGCUCAUUCCCUUAUGAUGCACUUACUCUUUUAUGGGUUGACCUUAUCGCUACACCUUCUGCCGCUUUUCCUUUGUGUGAAAUUUGACAAUCCGAAUCAGAUGCAUAUCCAUGCCAUCACUAUUCUAAUCGGAGACAUGACUCCAUUCAGCUACUAUGCCGUUGGACCGACGUUAGAUGUGGCCUUUAAGCGACUGCAGCACGACUAUCCGACAACAUUUGCCAAUAUGUCCAGAACGAUAAUUCAUGAGCCUGGUGCUCUCAGCUGUGCCGAUGGGGCAGCAUUAGUUCCUGCCUUAUCGGAUAAGAUCUACGAAGCUGUCCAACGAUAUCCGAACAGCUUUACAGUCAUGUUUUCUCCCGGGUGCAGUUUGGAAAUAGUGGCUCUGGGAGAUUUUGCUCGAGAAUGGGAUAUCCCUCUUUUUGCAUCGUCAUCGAGCGAUGGGGCACUUAGCGACAAGCAGCGCUAUCCAACCGUGAUGAGCUUCACUUCCUCUGACGAAGUAGCAACAUUCGUGAGCUUCCAGCUGUUUUUGGGCAGAUACCGCUGGCGCACCAUCACGCUUCUGUGCGAUGCGCCCUCGCAAUUCCAGGCUCUGAGCACGUUCUAUAUGGUAGCUUGCCGUAAUAUAAAGCGAUUUCUGGAUGGAUCGACUACGACUAAAUUCCUCACGAACAAACUGGAAUUCGACUCAGUAAAAACCCUUGACUAUGCCACAUUACUCAGCAGAGUACAAGAUCAAAGCCGAGUGCAGGUGAUCUGUGCUCAUCCGCGCAUCGUUCGCGACAUCAUGGUUACAGCGAAGAGGUUGAACAUGACCAAUGGCGACUAUAUAUUCUUCACUUUUCAAACCACUCGAGUGCCUGGCAUGACGGAAAUUCUGUGGCAGUUUCUUGAUGACAACGACGAAGCAGCCUUCGAUGGCUUCCAAUCGCUUAUUAGUUUCCAAAACCCAAAUCCAAAAUGGGAACUUAUCAGCGACAUACUGGAGGAAGCUAAGAAUAAUUCGCUCGAUCGUUACAAUCGCUCAGUAUCACGCAACGAGCAGCUCAAUGAUCUGGCCAUUUCCGGUUAUGAAUCGGUGCUUGCCUUUGCCCAGGUUUUUCUUGAACUGCGGGCUGACAUCAACACCUUGACCGGAACCAGUUUUGCUAGAAGAUUUUAUAAUCGAUCAUUUAAUCCAUGCUUCCGCAACUUCUUCAUCAACGAAAACGGAAUGCGAAUGAACGAUGCCGUUUAUCAACGACUUAAUGUCGAUUCUGGCGUUUUGGAGGAUACAUGGCUCUAUGACUUCGCAUCAUCCGUCUUGCGUGAAGUUUCUCCAAAAUUAGCACACACAUGGAAGAGCAAAGACGGCCCCCCACCUGACGUCCCACAGUGUGGAUACCGGAAUGACCUUUGCGCAACCAGCAAUACGCAAACAUUAAUUAUCUCCGGGGUGCUAGUGGCGGUAGCAGUCAUAAUCUGCAUUGGACUGACCACUGCGCUCUACUGGAAGUUCUCAAAUAAAAUGUCCAACAAAUCACCGUGGUGGCAGUUGCAUUACACAGACCUUCAGCCGCUGUCCAAUCCCGGACCAGCUUGGAUCAUGGUGCGACAGCGCCUUCCCGAAGCAGAACUUAGUGUUUGCACUAACCGACGAUUGCACCAUGGUCAGUCGGUUACUAUCGAGCCCUUUUAUGGGAAAUGCUUGUCAGUGCACCAAAUCCUAGAGCAAGCAACCUUCCGCAACGUUCUCUAUGCGACAAGGUUUCUGCAGCACGAGAAUGUGAACAGAUUUGUCGGUAUCGCGACCAGUAGCAGUCCCGCGUAUUCCUACAUGGUAUUCGACUACGGUGCGCGCGAUACGUUAAGACUGCUGAUCCAGAACGAACCCAUCCACAUGGACCACACCCUGAAGAGCUCCAUGAUCUGGGAAAUAGUGCAUGUACUGCCGUGA